GCCAGCAGCAGGACAAUGGACUGUCUCCCCUACGGAUCCUAACAGGCACCGGGGCUGCUGCUCGUGACUAACCGGAAUACGCGGAGGUGAAUGUCAAACAGCUCCAGGAUGCUGCCGUCCUCGUCCUUGCUGACCUGCUGUUCACCGGUGGGCAUCUGAGUUACCAAACAUGAUGAAGACCGAACCCCCGACGGCCACGGGAGGCAACGGGACCUCCGCCGGCAGCGGCAGCUCAAACCUGCGGAGUCCCUCGCCCCACCGCAACGCCUACGAGGCGGGGCUGGCGGCGCUCAAGAAGGCCACGGACCACCUCAAUAAUGCCGCGAACGGAGGCGCCGGGCCCGUCUCCAAACCCGCUCCUCUGCCUCGCCCGACCGGGAGGGGACGGAAAUACGGGUCAAAUGUUCACCGCAUCAAGAACAUGUUCAUGCAGAUGCAGUCGCCUGGCGACGAGGAGGAGGGAGCCAAAAUGAUUGGUAUAGUAGAGCAGGUGGUGAAACUGUCCCUGCCGAGGGCAUCCAGCCUCAACGAGAAGGUCGACCACAGCGCCCUGCUCAAGCUCGGGUCCACGGUCUCAGAGAGGGUCAACCGCUUUGACACGAAACCGGGCGAAGAGAGCGGGGGCUUCUCCAACCUUCAGGAGACCAGGAGGAUCUUCGAACAGCGGACUCUACAGGAGAAGCAAGCCGCCACCAACCGGAUCUUACUGAAGAAAGAGCGGGCAACGGGUUUCCAGGACAGCCGCCUAGAUGUCGUGGCUCGCUUUAACGGCUCCACUGAGGCUUUGGACCGAUUGGACGACCCCCCAGCUCCCGCUCCUCUUCCGGCUCCGGCUCCUCUACCGGCUCCUGAUCUGGCUCCGGCUCUUCUACCGGCUCCUGAUCUGACUCCGGCUCUUCUUCCGGCUCCCGCUACUCUCACCGCUGCCGCAGCUUCGGUCGGGCCCGGUGACGCGGUCAGCCCCACCGUGAGCCAGCUCAGUGCCGUGUUCGAGACCACCGAACCGCCAACCAAUGUCCAACCCCCCCAACGUCGGGCAGGCCCUGCCCUGGCACCAAAGCCCAAACCUCCAGCUAGAACGGACGCGACCGGAAGGAAGGGGAAAGUGCUCCCUCCAGGUAAGAAGGACCAGGAGGAGAUGGCACAAAGCGGUGGAAGCACCCAGGACGAAGAAGAACCUCAAGAGACUCUAGAGAGGAGCAUAGAAGAAGCGAUGGCCACCAAGGAUAUGGAAGGGUCAGAAGACCAGCUCCCCAAUUCCUCCUACUCCUCAUCAUCGUCCUCCUCCUCUUCUUCGGGAGUCAAGCCAGAGUCGGAGGUCCGGCCGACAGCGACUGAAGCCAGGGGCUCAAGUACGGUGCCUGUCCCAGAGCAAGAGCUGCAGGCUGAUGAGCACGACGGCUCCACCGGGGGUUCUGAGGCCAGAGCCAGGCUGGUGCAGGCGGAGGUCCACGCCUCACUGGAAAAUGGUGAAAAAGAGCAUCCGGGUUCCUCUCCCUCCUCCUCGGAGGAGGAGAAAGGAGGGAACUCUGGGAGGAGGAGCGAGGAGGAGGAGGAGAACGAUGAGGACGGCUCGAGGAAGGAGGAUUACUCGGAGGGCGACCUGGUGGAUAUCAGCGCGUACAGCGGGCUCGGGGAGGAGGACUCUGGAGGCAGCCAGCUAGACGAUGAGGAGGAUGAGGAAGAGGAAGAGGAGGAGGAGUACCAGCUGGAGACCAGCUGCCACGAGAUCCCGGGUCUACCUGAGGAAGAGGAACCCGCACCACCAAAUAGGAAGAUUCAGUUCAGCACCGGGCUGAUCAGGGUGUUCACCACCUACUCCAACGAGGACUAUGAUCGGCGUAACGACGACGUCGACCCCAUGGCGGCGUCGGCCGAGUACGAGCUGGAGAAACGAGUGGAAAAGCUGGACCUGUUUCCUGUAGAGCUGGUGAAAGACAGCGAGGGUCUGGGUAUCAGCAUCAUCGGCAUGGGGGCGGGAGCCGACAUGGGUCUGGAGAAGCUGGGGAUCUUUGUGAAGACGGUCACCGACGGAGGAGCUGCCCAGAGAGACGGCAGGAUCCUGGUGAACGACCUCAUCGUGGAGGUCGACGGGACCAGCCUGGUCGGUGUCACUCAGAGCCUCGCUGCCUCCGUCCUCCGCAACACCACCGGCACCAUCAGUUUCGUGAUUGGUCGGGAGAAGCCGGGGGAGCAGAGCGAGGUGGCUCAGCUGAUCCAGCAGACUCUGGAGCAGGAGAAGUGGCAGCGGGACAUGAUGGAGCAGAGAUACAAGCAGUACAUGGACGACGACGAGGAGACGGGUGAAUAUGCGACCGACGAGGAGGAGGAGAUGAGCCCCGUGUUUCCCAACUCCAUCGAGGUUUUCGACCUGGCCGAGAAGCAGGACACGCUGUCUCCUGUGGAGCUGGACCCCGAGAAGCUGGCGCACAAGUUCAAGGAGGUGCGCCAGAUUUUUGACCCUAUAGGAUGCUGGAAUGAACGAUUUGAUUGGUUCCCUUCACUCGUGUGUGUGUGUGUGUGUCUGUUCUCCAAACCGAUCGUGCCUUUUGUGUUUGUUGUUGUUCUCCACCUGCAGCUCCAGAUCAAACACGCAGUAACGCAGGCGGAGAUCCAGCUGCUGAAGAGGAAGCUGGCCCAUACGGAGCAGGAUAAGUUGCGUUGGCGGAUGGAGCGUGCUCAGUUGGAGCAAAACAUCCGGGACAGUAAAGAGAGGAUGGAGAAGCUGGAGGGCUACUGGAUGGAGGCACAGUCGCUGUGUAAGGCGGUGGACGAACACCUGAAGGAAACUCAGGGUCAGUACCAAACCCUCGAGAGGAAAUACAGCAAAGCCAAGAGGCUGAUCAAAGAGUACCAGCAGAAGGAGAUCGAGUACCUGAAAAAGGAGACGGCUCAGCGUCGGGCGGAAGAAGAGAGCGAGGCAACACACAAAGAGGAGGCGGACAACUUGCAGGAAACGAUUGACGACCUGGAGACCAAAGUGGAUGCCCUGAAGACCCCCAACCCCUCCUAGACUGCUGCUACGCCCAACAACCUGUCUGACCGGAAGGGGAGGAGCUCCGCCUUCACUCAUUUUAUUCCAAUCAACCAUUUGCUGCACGGACAGGUAGUGGGGGGGGAGGGGCGGGCGGAGGGAGACUGGAUGGGAGGACGUCCGUGCUCUUGUCAGCCAAUCCCUGCGAUACCCAGAAUCCUCCUUGUGUGUCUUCCCGGCUCGGCAAUCAACGCGGAGAAAAAAACCACCACAUUCGACGACCCAGUGCGUCACGUACCGGACGAUCCGCUUCUCCUCUCUUCCAAUGACCUUCACCGGAUUCCAAUUCAUAUGAGAAAAAAGCGCUUUUAUUGAACAGGCUCGUCACAAAGUGCUUUUAUAGGGUGACACAGAACGCAGCGGGAACAAAGGACCGGGGACGUCUUUCGCUUGUUGUCGUGCGACUUUUAAAGCGAGGUGGUUGCUGAAAAGCGUUCCCUUUUUUCAAUGUUUAUUCCGGGGGGGGGGGGGGGACCGGACUGGAUUCUCACGGAGAGGACAAGACCACAGCAACCGGAAAACAACAAACACGUCGAAGAGAAAAGACAACACUCUGAAGUGGAGCCUCGGUUAGUAACACGCAGCAGCAGCAACGGCAACUUUGAAAGGAAAUAGCCACCACCUGCUGACAGUUAAGUAAUAGAAACUACAAAAGAAGAUGGCCGACACAUUUCCCAUUAGGGCCAAAAACAGCCCCCCCCCCCCCCCCUGGCCUCCUCUUUUCUAGCGGUGGGAGGAAUCAGGCGGCGGCCGGCUCUUCAGGGCUGAACUGUGGCGGCAACCCGUUUGUAUAUUAUCCCACGCGUGUAUUUAAAAGUGUUUUUGGGUCCCACGGCCGAGAGUCCGGCGGUGCGAUGAGCCCCAAACGACCAGGAAGUGGUUCCCCAAUUCAGUCGCUUUUCUAUCAACAUCGACGGCAAACAGGGUGCGAGGAGUCGACCGCGCGCUCCGAGAGCUUCUGAUGGAGUUUACUACGGUAUCUGUGGGUUUACAUGCACACCACCCGUCUGUUUAUUCAUCAGUCAUGGACUACAUCUUUUCAGUUGGUGCAGGGUUUUUUCAGAAAUCUUCAUGCAGGAUUUUUUUUUUCACAACAAAAAAACGUAUUAUGCUAUUUUGAAUACGCACAUCGGUGUUGUGAAGCUUUACAGCUUCGGGUUGCACUCGCGUCACGAGAAACUGAAUAUUCAGUUCACGGCGGAUAUGAACGACAGAUAUGAUCUCCUGAGGUGCACUUUAUCAGACGGGCAAACAUUUCCUGGAGGCGACGCCGCUCUGCAAACACUCUCAUUGGUCGAGGUGAACUCGAAGUGGGUGGAGCUCAAAGUUUCUGAGCGAUGCCAGACUUCUGAGAGUUAAAAAAGAAUUAGAAUCUGUUCACCAUGUAUCUGACAGUUUUAUAUAUAUAUAUAUAUGCAUACUUUUAUACAAAUACAUAAGUAAACAAACAAAGAUGCUUAAAUGUGCUUUUUAACAACUCUGUAUGAUGUUGAAUAAAGAUAAAUAGUUUGUGCUCAUUUAUGGGCAAAAUAUUUAAAAGUAACUGUUCCCAAAGGACCUCAAACUAUUGUUGGUAUUUCUGAACUAGCUCCUCUUACUUAUCAGUUCAAAUUAGCCAACACUGUUGGCUACUAAGGAAGUAAAGAAAUUAAUAAAUAAUUCAAAUUAUUUGUUUGAAGUAGAAGCUAUUGAUUACUGAAUUUGGAAUUUAAAGACUACUGAAUUUAUAGCAUUUUGUGUUUGACUUAGAAAUCCAUCUGUCUGACUGUGGUUCCAAAUCUCCUAGAGUGGUACAAUUAUGUACAAAGAAAGAAAGAAAGAGGUCUGAUCGAUUCCUUCAGGCGCCACUGAUUUAUCGUCUCGAAGUAACCGACUUUAUUUUGAUGCAGGUCAGACAGUUUUUUCUGUUUGUAUGUAAUAUUUCAGUGCGACACAGACUUUAACUUUGAGUAUUCAGUACAUUUCACAAUGAUCUUUUCAGCGUCUUAUGAAAUUAAUCAAUCUUAUGACCAUUCUUUGCUUCUGCAGCCGGUAUCGGUAUCAGUCAGGCUAUAACCGCUAGUUAUCUACGUUAGCUACUUAUCUACGUUAGCUCCUUAGUUAGCCUUUCUGAUUUUUUAAUCCUGUAACUCCAUAUCUGCUGAUGUAGCCUACUUAGUCGUUGCCAUUUCUAUUUGUAUUGAUAUUUCUCUCAGUAUUAGCCCUCUGAUCGGCUCGUAGAGCCUCGUUGUGAGGAUGGUGUUGCCUCGAGGAAAUGUUUGCUGAACUAGAUUUCAACGUGUCGUUCAGAAAAGCGUGUGCAUGCAAACACACUCCACAUCUCCUGUAUCCCGCCCAAAGGAGAGGGCCCCAGUGCCAGUAUUAUGAAUUUAUGCCUGACAUAGUCCAAAUAUGGGUCGAAUACAAAAGUGUUGCUGAGGUAUUAAAGGUCACAUCAUUCCUUCUGGAACCCAAAGACCACUGGAGGUUCUGGGUCAGCUGCAUACAGAUUUUUUUUGUAUUGAUUUCUUUUGUUUUUUAAAUUAUAAUGUCUCUUCUAAACAAAUUGAAUAAGUUGCAAAAAGUCAAAGACACACAGCAAUUUCUUUUUUGGGUCACAAAAUGUAUGUAGUUGUGGAAAUAGCAAAUGAAGACAUUUUGUCCAAACAGUCUCUGUUUAUCCAAUAUGAUUACAGAUUUAAUGAUUCUAAUUUGACUACUAUCCAGUAGCUGGUGAUGACUUUUUGGUAUUCCAAAUAUGAGGCUCAUAUUUUGCAUGUGGAUGACACAAUGUGAGACGGUGUGUUGAACGGACCAAUGGGGCAUUUUGCCGCUCGUUCACCACGGCAACUAUUCAGAGUUUGUGCAUGUCUUCAUCGAGAUAACACAGCUUGCUGGCAAGCUCCCAUUUGGUCGCAUCAAUUAAAAACACUGAAUACCA